AUGGAGCGGGUGCUCUGCGCACCGGCCGCAAACGUUGCGGCUGCUGCUGCGGCAGCGGCGGCGGCAACGUUGAAGCUACCGCCACCGUCACCGAUACGAACGAACAGCAAGCUGCGACUCUGCGCUAUCGUGUCACGUGAUGAUGUCAGCUCUGGAGGAAUUACAGUGCCAGUCGCGAAUCAAGUGCAUAUAGCCGGAGCCGCUAAAUCGCAUUCGAAAAACGCCUUCGAGAACGUGUUUGGACCGGAUGCUGCACAGGAUAGAAUAUGUUCGAGCGUUUUGCCAGAGUUAGUACAAGGUGUGUUCAACGGGCAAGAUUGUGCAUUUGUCGCGAUGGGCGGGAAAUCGAGAGGAAAGGAAUGUUUACUAUACGGUGCGCCACCUUCAUGUGCAGGAAUCUUCCAAACAGCUAUUACUUCGAUUUUCAAAGUCACCGACGAGUACAGAGUUAGCAAACCGGAUACUCGUUAUCAAAUCCGAAUGUCAGCUGUACAGUACUCACAACGCGAAAAUCAAUUGACCGAUCUGUUGUCACCGUUCAACAGCGAUCCUCGCCGAAAAGCCGUACGGAUUGUGGAUGAUCCAAGGGCUGGUGCGCUGCUAGAGAAUGAAUCGGAGAUUCGUGUGGACUCACCGGAUCUGGCGUUAUUCUAUUUGAAUACGGUAGCUGAUCAUCGGGUUGUAGAAGACGAAGAAACGUAUCGAACGAGUCAUGUGUUUGUGUUUUUAUCUGUGUACGCUUAUAGGACUGGUACUAAUGAGCUUGAAGGUGGUCGUCGGCGUCUGGCGAUCAUCGACCUCGGAUUAGGUGAACGAAAUUCUCAACGUGGUGAACUAACAAUGCCUGCUAUAGGAAGUAUUCUAUUGGCACUGGUCCAAGGUCAAAAACAUCUACCUGCCAGAGAAAACUGCCUCUCUCAACUGCUCAAAUGUGCUAUGUGCCCGUCACGUCUCACAACAUUUAUGUGCUCAUUCGCUGAAAAAACUGACGACAACGAAAAUGUGGUACAACUUGCCAGCAAGUUGGCACGAGCGAAGAGAAACACGAGGAAAAAUAAGCUCCUUUCCGACACCGCAAGUUCACAUUCCUCUGGUGUUCCUCGAUCCGAGAUCGAAAGCGGUUCAGAGGUCAGCGGAGCGGAGACGGUGAUCUUCCUGGGACCAUCAUCACGUGGAGUACAUCGAUCAACAUCCAUAUAUCCACCCAGUAGUCCAUCCAUAAGCUCAAAGCUGACACAGACAUCCGGAAGCUCUACUCGUACUUGUACAGGAUCCAUUCCACCGAUAUUGAAGGGACACACACCAUUUCUGUCACCCUCGCUGAGACUUUACGAUGAUCUCUGCUCACCGCCGGGAACAUCCGGAGAUGGAUCCAUGACGAUGACACAUGACCUGACAGUGUUCGGCGGACAUUGUACUCAGCAUCGCAACGAUUUCGGUGUCACGAUCGCGAGCAGUCCUAAACGGUCGAGAAGCUGUAACCUCGAUGAUGACAAACGUCAAGCGAUUAUGCAGUGGGUGGACACUUGUGAACCGCUCAUGUCACCUGACGAUGAGGAGAACACCGGUGACAGACCGAGGGAGAUACUCUCCUAUCCGCUCGAGGAUAUCAUUGAGCAAGACGAGGAAUCCCUGCGUGAUUCGAUACGAUCAAAAUGUGGCACCGACUCUCAUCCGUUAAGUAUUUUAAGCAGGGAAGAUAUCGAAAAGAUAAUAAGCACGACGGACACUACCACACAUGAAGCAGGUUCGGAUGAAGAUGCUUUAGAACGAGCCAUGGCUGCUUCGGUCUCAUCUAUACGAUCGCAUGAUAUCCUAGCAAAACUGAAUGAGGACUUAGCAGCAAAAGAUGCAUCGCUCACGGCUACCUCAGCCACAACACCAAGCGAGAUGGAUCUGUACCGAAGAGCGAGUCAUCUUGAGGACUAUGCUACUGAAAAGAUCAAGGAACUUGAGGAGGAAAGGAUGAAGAAGAAAAGAGGAAAGCUGAUGCUAAACUGUUGCCAGAACUCCAUGAUGUCUUCGGGAAGUACGGUAGUGGAUUGGAGUGCCAUUGAAAAGCGAAGGCAGGCAGAAAAAGAAAAAGAAGAACUGGAAAAACGUAAAAACGAACUGCGAAAGAGACGGGAAGAGCUCAAACUGGAAGCGGAUGAGAUACGCAGAGAAAAAGAGCAAAUCGAUAAGGAACUCAACGGCCGCUCUUUGCCGUCGGUCAUCGCACGACAGAUUACACAACAACUGCAGGGAUUAAGCAUAGGAUCAAAACCUAGUCAGAAAAACCGAGCACCAUCGGAUUCGCUACCAACUACACCGACAGUACAUAAGAGGCUUAUAUCACCACCAGUAAGGACCCCAUCGUUGACCAAUUGUGCGGCGCCGACGCUGCCGUCACCGUCGCAUCAGAUCAGAAAUGGUCAUCUAAGAGGUCAAUGGGUCGAUGGAAUGCAUAUUAGGAAAAGCAGUAAGCCACGCACAGAUCGCCGAGAAAGGAAGUUGUCCGAGGAAAAUAGGCGUGAGAAGACCUCCAUACCUUCACCAUACUCCAAGGUCACCGAUCCACGCCUCGUUGAUGGCCCACCAAGUAGCGGACGUGGUUCCGACGAUGCGGCAUCACAAUGUCGGGAGAAGAAGCGUCAAAGCUACUCCGCCUCAUCUGGAUACGAAUCCGCAGCAGGAGAUUACCAUGCGGCAUAUUAUUUACGUAAGGAUUCGCGCUUCGACAAGAAGAAAGUAGUAGACAAGAGGCUUGGACUUGGUCGAGAGGCUGAUAAUCUUCGAGAGCAACAACGACGACUAAGGAAAGAGCUACAGGAAGCAAAAGCCAUAAUAGGACAAGUGGAUGACGCGAGAGCAAUCUGUCAUGACACCAAACACAGCGGUAUAAGUCAGGCCACAUUGGUGGACACAUUGAAGCAGGAGAAUCGAAUACUCGAGAAACGACUGACCGCAUGCCGCAAUCAUACGAUGUUUGUGACGACAUUCCUGUGA